UCAUUUUCAGUAUAUUAUCAACGAAGCUUUAGCAAUUAGCACUGUGAAUGAAAGAAAAAUGGAGAUAUCAAUAUCAUCAUCAGCAGUUGCAUUUAGUAUGGCGUUUCGAUGCCAUUCAUCAUCAUUUUCAGCUUCGUCUUCUUCUUCUUCUCAAACGCGCUUAUCUACAAAAUCUAUUAAAUUCGCUAAUUCUAAAACCGCAACAACAAAAUCACCCAAACUUCAACUUCAACAUGCUUCCAACUUGAACUUGAUUUCUACUCUUACAAGAGUAGGAGAUAAGUUGUCAGUGAAAGACCUCAAUGCUACUUUGCACCACUUUGGUAAUUCAAACAAAUUUAACCAUAUCUCUCAGCUUUUUUUAUGGAUGCAAGAGAACAAGAAGCUUGAUGUAUAUUCUUAUUCCCAUUAUAUAAAGUUCAUGGCCAAUAAACUCGAUGCUUCCACGAUGCUAAAACUGUAUAACAACAUUCAAGAUGAAUCGGUGAAGGACAAUGUCUAUGUAUGUAAUUCUGUUCUCAGUUGUCUAAUCAAGAAAGGCAAGUUUGAUACCGCCAUUAAACUCUUUCAGCAGAUGAAACAAGAUGGUCUAGUUCCGGAUCUUGUUACCUAUAGUACUCUUAUUGCAGGUUGCGUUAAAGUAAAAGAUGGAUAUCCUAAGGCACUGGAGCUAAUUCAGGAAUUGCAAGACAAUAGAAUGCGAAAGGACGAUGUAAUUUAUGGGGCAAUAAUGGCAGUGUGUGCUUCUAAUGGUAAAUGGGAAGAAGCAGAAAACUAUUUUAACCAGAUGAAGAGUGAAGGUCAUUCUCCAAAUGUUUAUCACUACAGUUCUUUGCUAAAUGCUUAUUCAGCAAGUAGAAACGUCAAAAAAGCUGAUGCGUUGAUUCAAGAUAUGGAAUCUGAAGGGUUAGUACCAAACAAGGUAAUUUUGACAACCUUGCUGAAAGUGUAUGUUAGAGGAGGUUUGUUUGAGAAGUCAAGAGAAUUACUAACCAAACUGGAAUCUUUGGGUUAUGCUGAAGAUGAGAUGUCAUACUGUUUAUUGAUGGAUGGCCUAGCUAAGGCAAGACAAACGCAUGAAGCCAAAGUAGUUUUUGAUGAAAUGAUGAAAAAGAAUGUCAAGUUUGAUGGCUAUGCUCACAGUAUCAUGAUAUCCACAUUUUGCCGAGAAAAGCUUUUUCAGGAGGCAAUGCAGUUGGCCAAUGAUUUUCAAACUACUUUCAACAAAUAUGACGUGGUUAUAAUGAAUUCAAUGCUCUGUGCUUUCUGCAGAGUAGGUGAAAUGGAAAGUGUGAUGGAAAUACUAAGAAAGAUGGAUGAGUUAGCAAUCAGUCCUGAUUACAAUACCUUCAAUAUUCUAAUAAAAUACUUCUGUAAGAAAAACAUGUAUUUAUUAGCUUAUCGAACCAUGGAGGACAUGAACAGUAAAGGCUAUCAACCAGCGGAGGAGCUCUGUUCUUCUUUAAUAUACCACCUUGGUCAGGAAAGUGCUUAUUCAGAGGCAUUUUCUGUUUACAAUAUUUUGAAAUAUAGCAAGAGAACAAUAUGCAAGGCACUUCAUGAAAAGAUUCUGCACAUUCUCCUAGCAGGAAAGCUUUUGAAAGAUGCAUAUGUAGUAUUCAAGGAUAAUGCAAUAUUUAUUUCUGGUCCCACCACAAAAAAGUUCGCAAGUGCAUUUAUGAAGUCAGGUAACAUCAACUUGAUCAAUGAUGUUAUGAAGACACUCCAUAGUUGUGGCUUCAAGAUUGGUCAGGAUUUAUUUGAGAUGGCUGUAUCACGCUAUUUAGGUCAGCCUGAAAAGAAAGACUUGCUUCUACACUUGCUACAAUGGAUGCCAGGUCAUGGUUAUGUGGUUGAUCCAUCAACAAGGAACCUAAUCCUCAAGAAUUCACACUUAUUUGGUCGUCAGCUCAUUGCUGAAGUUUUGUCCAAGCAACCAGUUAAGUUAAAAGCUAAAAAAUCUCACUAGAUAAAGCUCGCAAAAUUUUGCAAUUGAUUAUAUAGCCUUGGUUUGUACUGAUAAUUCGAUCCUCUUUGGUUCCCAAGAUCUAUAGUACCAUGCAACCAUAGAUUGUCUCACUUAAUUUUUUCCCUUAUUUUUUUUUAUGUUAUGGUAGAUAACCCCUGUAGUUGUACACCUAAAUUCUAAUGGAUGUAUAUAAACAGAUGUAAAUGUAUCAUGUCAAAUAAAUCAUUUACUUUUUUGAGCUCUGGUCAA